AUGGAGAUAAAGCUUUUUGUCCCCCUCAGUCCUGUUCGGCGCCCUUCCCCCCCCCCAAAGGAAAUAAAAAGAGAUGGCAGGAACCUCUCCAGGUAUAGCGGGUGUCAGAACAGCCAGCGGGGGGGGCGGCGCAGAAAGAUGAGAGCGCAUGCGCGCCCUUCUAUCGCCACCCCUCAGCCCGUUGUUGUGAGGCGCCGGAGAAAGAGCGGUUGCCGAGAAGCGGGCGUGGCCGUCGCGAGGGUGGGCGUGGCUGCGCAGGUCCGCCCCCGGCCCCACAUGCCUCCUUGUCUGCCUCCCAACCGCUCCUCCCAUUGCCUGUGGCGCUCCGGUAGCGGAAGUGCCUCUCCUUCAGAGUGGAGGAUUCGCUUCCGGGCGCUGCUGGCCGAGGGAACUGAGGGGGGAGCAGCGUCGGCGGCGUCGGCCGGGGGGAAGGUGGCACUCGGGCCAGGACCGAGCUCCCUCCGGCGGACCCGCCAUGUGAGGAGAACUCCCAACGCCCCCUCAGGUGAGAAAUGCGGGGGAGGGGAGGAGUGCUGGGGUUUACGGUUCUUCCAGCUCCCAUAUUGGGCACGCCGAAGGCAUCAAAGGACGGUGUUCGCAGCAGCACCACCCCUCCGCCCCCGUUAGGCUGUGGGGCUGCGAAGGUGUAAGACUCCUGUAUAGCUGCUUCCCUAUUAGAUGCAAAACGAUGUGGGGAUUAAUGGAUUAUUUAUUUAUUUAUUUAUUUAUUUAUUUUACCGCUCUUCACCUGAGGAUCACAGGGUGGUUUAAAAUAUAAAAAGAAAAAUGCAUAACAAAUUAACAAUCAAAAACAAUGACGGCCCUUUUGUAGGGGUUGAUUGAAUCCAGGUUAGUUCUUUUGGGCGUGGGGCUUUGUUCGUUACUCUUGCAAACAUAUCCUGCUUUUCUUCUUUGUGUCUUAGCCUUAAACUGCGUAAAAAUGGAAAUCUAUUGUAAUUUGAUGCACACACAUUUCUUUUCUGCACAGGCAACGUGCUUGGUUUUUCUCCAUCCCAAGUACAACAACAACCCUGUGAAGCAGACUAA